UUUCCUACUCAGUAAUACAGGUAUGGUUUCCUCAGGAAAAAAAACCCAAUCCGAACCUGAGCGCGGGGGCUCGCUUCAAAUGCGCCGGCAGCGCGCCGCCGCACGCCGCCGAUGAGCCCCGCCGCGACCGACGCCGCGGGCGGCGACCUCUUCGCCGCCAACCUCACGGGCUCGCUCCUCGCCGUCGCCUCCUCGGCGUUCAUCGGCGUCAGCUUCAUCGUCAAGAAGAAGGGCCUCCGCCGCGCCGCCACCGCGGGCGCCCGAGCAGGUGCCGGAGGGUAUGGCUACCUCUUGGAGCCACUCUGGUGGGUCGGGAUGGUCACCAUGCUUGUUGGGGAGAUUGCCAAUUUCAUCGCUUACAUGUUUGCGCCCGCAGUCCUCGUCACACCACUGGGCGCACUCAGUAUUAUUGUCAGUGCUGUUCUAGCCCAUUUCACACUGAAUGAGAAGUUGCAUCGGGUGGGCGUGCUGGGCUGUGGUCUCUGCAUUGUUGGGUCGACAAUGAUCAUCCUACAUGCACCCCAGGAGAGGACCCCUAGUUCAGUGGAGCAGAUUUGGCACUUGGCGACGCAGCCUUCCUUCCUUUGCUAUGCUGCCAUAGCAGUGGGCGUGUCCCUGUUCCUCAUGCUAUAUUGCGCUCCACGGUAUGGACAAAUGAACAUAAUUGUUUAUGUUGGAAUUUGCUCGGUGAUUGGAUCCCUGACAGUAAUGAGCAUAAAGGCUGUGGGCAUUGCCAUUAAGCUUACAAUUGAAGGCAUAAACCAGGCCGGCUAUUUCCAGACAUGGGUGUUUGCAGUGGUUUCGGCAACAUGUAUUGUUAUUCAAUUAGUUUAUCUGAAUAAGGCCCUGGAUACUUUCAAUACAGCAGUUGUCUCUCCCAUCUACUAUGCCAUGUUCACAACGCUCACCAUUUUAGCAAGUGCUAUAAUGUUCAAGGACUGGUCUGGGCAAAAAGCAAGCAACAUAGCCUCAGAGAUUUGUGGGUUUCUUACAGUUCUAGCUGGGACUGUUGUGCUACAUUCAACUAGAGAACCUGAUCAAACUGCAUCAGCAGACCUAUAUGCCGCAUUUCCCCCAAAAAUAUAUUGGCACAUCCAAGGAAAUGGUGAUAUUGGGAAGCAAAGAGAGGAUGACUCCCUUACAUGUGAAUUCAUCACAGUUGUGCGGCAAGACUACUUUGUGUAGGGAUCAUCCAGGAUGCCUGCUUGAGUGCCUGGUGUUUCAUGUGUUUUUUCUGAGUCUCUCCGCUGCAGCAUGUAGACAGAAUCCGUUACAAGACCCGUUCCAGUCAAACACCAGCUUGAAGCAAUUGUGAAAUUUUGUAGAAAUUGUAUUGGCUUGUGUCCAGCGCAUUGCCUCCGAGCUAGUGGCCAAAAUAUUUGCUCUCUGAACAACCUACCAAAUGGUUUACUGCUCCCGUCUGAGUGUAAAUUAUGUAAGGUUGUACCCUCUUCUUUUGGUAAAAUCCUUUUCGGCUCUUCGGCUCCCGAAUGUAAUUUGAUGUAUUUGAGGUUUGUGUUUUUUUUUUUGAAUAUUUUGAGGUUUGUAUUUGUGCAAUGCAUUGUGUAUGUAAAAAUCCCAGCUCA